UGAGAGGCAAUAAUCGUUAAACAAAACCUUACCCAAAUUUCCCCACUUCAUUUGUUGAGCAGCAGCAAGAACAGCAACUUCACCACUGCACUUCAUCUUCCCCCAAAAAAAUCAAUGGCUUCCCUUUCUCUCUCCUCCACCCUCUCUCUCUCCUCCACCCUCUCUCCUAACUUCCUCCCUCAAACCCCAUCUUCUUCUUCCCCCAAACUUCGCCAAUCUCUCCCCAAAACCCCAUUUUUCAAACCCAUUUCUUCGCCUUCACUUCGCGCACACUCGUCCCUUCAAUUACACCCACCAACCCUAAAUUCUCUUGGGCUGAAUGACAUUGGGUUGGGACCCAUCAUGGGUUCGGCCCAACAGACGCCGGAGAGCGCCAUGAGAGGUGCUGAAGCUGAUGUGAUGGGGUUGCUUUUGAGAGAGAGGAUUGUGUUUCUGGGAAGUGGUAUUGAUGAUUUUGUUGCUGAUUCUAUUAUUAGUCAAUUGAUGUUAUUGGAUGCACAAGACCAUACCAAGGAUAUCCGCCUUUUCAUCAAUUCUCCUGGUGGUUCUCUUAGUGCGACGAUGGCCAUCUUUGAUGUUGUGAGGCUUGUGCGGGCAGAUGUGUCGACUCUUGCUCUUGGAAUUGCUGCAUCAACAGCUUCAAUAAUUCUUGGUGCUGGGGCUAAAGGGAAACGUCUUGCAAUGCCCAAUGCAAGAAUAAUGGUUCAUCAACCUCUUGGAGGAGCUAGUGGACAAGCAAUUGAUGUUGAAAUUCAAGCCCGAGAAAUCAUGCACAACAAGAAUAAUAUUACAAGAAUUAUUUCUGAGUUUACUGGCCGGUCAUUUGAACAAGUAGAAAAAGAUAUUGAUAGAGAUCGUUAUAUGUCUCCUAUUGAAGCAGUUGAGUAUGGGCUUAUUGAUGGGGUUAUUGAUAAAGACAGCAUUAUUCCACUUGAACCUGUUCCAGAUAAAGUGAUAUCCAAUUUCAACUAUAUGGAGAUCAGUAAAGAUCCUAAAAAGUUCCUGACACCAGAAAUUCCUGAUGAUGAGAUAUACUAGCUGGGGAUAUUCCAGGAGUGGCAGCCAUGAAGAAGGCUUGGUUUUACCUACUCUCACUGCAUUUUAUUCCACAGAACUCUACUGCAGCAAAAAUUUGAUAGCAAGUUCAUGAUGAUGCUGCCUUUUUGUUAAAAUUGAGGAAGCUUCAGUUGUACAAGUUUAUAACACAUACUCUGAACUCGUCUUUUGUCUUUUUCUUAAUUCCUAUGAGAUGAGUUGCUGCACCACAUAGUUGGUUUCAGUUUAGUGCAUAGUUGCUUAGAAAAUGAAACAUCCUCUUUUAACAGAGUUAAUUGUUUUAUGUAAUGUUACCAGAGAUGGGUGCCUAUUCUUCGAAAGUGAUGGAAAUUCAAAGUAGUGGUAGUUUUCUGUUGAACAGACAGUUCAUGAGGUAUACAGGAUUUAAAGCAUUUGAACAGAGCCAAUGUAUUAAAAUGACAAUUUAUAUGUGGCAAUUGAUUGUCUUUACUUA